AAAGGAGUCCAAGAACAAUUCAGCCUUCUUCUCAACGCGAACAAGACCGUUCUUCUUCCGGCUCCGCCAUCGAGGGGUCAAUUGUUCACUUCUAUUCCCUUGCUGCGGAACCGUCGUGCUUCCAGCCAGCGCGAUUCGACCUUGCUCUCACCCCAGGAACCCGUUUUUACCGAUACUCCCAUCCUUUAAUCCUCCUCCAACCAGAACAUAGUCAUUCAAGAUGGCGGGCGGUGCGACCAAAUAUCGUCAUCUUAGCCGGAAGUCAUCGCACAGGCAGGCCUUGCUGCGCAACCUGGUCACGUCACUGUUUCAGCACGAAUCCAUCACGACAACAUGGCCGAAGGCGAAGGAAGCACAGCGACUUGCUGAGAAGCUGAUCACAUUGGGCAAGAAGAAUACGGAAUCAAGCAGGAGACGGGCAUUGCAGAUCUUUUAUACCCCCCAUGAGCUUCUCCCCAAACUCUUCGGACCUCUCCGUGAACGCUACGCCGACCGACCCGGUGGAUACACGCGCGUUCUCCGCGUUGAGCCCAAGAAGGAUGACCAGGCCCCCAGUGCGAUCCUCGAGCUAGUAGACGGCCCCAAGGACAUUCGAUUCGCCAUGACCGCGAAGACGGUGGCGCGCCAGCGAUCGCAAGGUUUCGAGACCCUGAACGAAUUGACGGCUCUCAACGUGAAGAAGGUGACGCAGUUCCGAAAGAAUGGUAUAGAUGAGCUCGAAGAUGCCAUUAAGCGGAUGGAGCGAAUGGAACUAAAGGAGAAAAAGGAAGCUGCGUCGCCUAAGAAGUCGGAGGCGGAAGCAAAGGAGUAAGCUGAAACCUAUAUCAGGCCUCGGGGCCCUUUGGUGCUUUUCCCUUGCUUCUUUCUCUGCCUGUUGAAUCCGUCCGUCUGGGGUGGACUGCGAAUUCUUCAGCCCUGUGUAUAUCUAUCGAGUGGCUUAUCGGUUUAUGAACUCCUGUGCUACCUUUUUUUUCCCUCUCGGCGUGUCUCAGCCAUGUUCUAUCUGGGUCAGCAUCUUCGCGGCUCUUUGUUUUCCUAGCCAGCUUCUUGUGAGAUAAACAUGUAUCAAAUGAUCAAAGAUGACUUUGGAACCGAUCCGAUGAUCUCUACGGUAUUCUUAUCUCCGU